AUAUUCAAAAACAUUUUAGUGCUGAAUACAAAGUUUUUGUUGUUAUUUUAUUCAAUCAGCUGCCACGAAUCGAGAAAAGUUAAGAAAUUAAUAAAAAAAACAAUAAUUAAAGCAGAUUUUAUGUUACAGACUUAAAGUACAUCCAACAUGGUACAGACAUCAGUUAUAGACCGAAUUGAAAGCGAUGAUUUCCUCAAGAACUUCCUUCAUAACGAGAAUUCAUCCUCAACAUCCCAAAACCUUUCAUUUCCCGAGCAAAUCAAGAAGCUCACCGACGGUCUUGACUUAAUUUCAACGGAAUUAAAGCAAAAAAUUCGUCAUGAUUAUCCAAACUUGAUUAAAAAUUCAGCAAAUGCUUCAAAAUUGAUGGUUGCACUGGAGUCACUCAACGAUGACCUUGACCAGCUUCACACCGGUGUUGACAGCCUUAAAACGAAUGUUUAUGUUCCGUAUCAGAAGCUUGAGAAGCAAAUUGUUGUCUGCGAACGACUUUAUAAUGCGUCGCAGUUGAUGAGGAAAAUUCAAAGGUUUUUGCAGCUGUACAGGAAGCUGAAAGAGACAUCGGAACUGAAUAAGCAGGCAUUGCUGGUCUAUGAACUUGAUGGACUUGUAAAUGACAAAGAUUUAAUGAAAAUAAACAUUUUAAUUGAUGAACGAGCUGCAGUCAUCAAUUUAAAGCAGAAACUUCUUCACAUUGCGAAUCGUGACUUGCUGAACGGGAUUCAAGACAUGGACGAGGCAACGAUCAUGAAAAGUUUGGAAAUUUAUCGCAAUUUGGAUGUUCUCGGGUCAUUUUUGGACAAUCAAAUUGAAAGUUAUCUGAAUGAUGUUAGACAAAGCAUUAAGCAGUGCUUUAAUGGUGCUGAUUUGCAGACAUUGCUCAAGACAUCCAUCAAGGGAUCACCAGCGACAGUGACUGGAUUGUCAAAAGCCUCAAAAUUACCAGGUCGAGUACCACAAUUGACAACUUCAAUGAAUUUCAAGGCAAAGCUUCUUGGUGCUCUUGAGUGGCUGUUUACCGACGAACUCGUGACAAUUUGUGAGCAGAUUGUAGCCAUUGAUGGAUGCCUGAAGAAAAUCACGAGUGGCUACAUCUCUGAGAAUCCAAGCAAGGAUUUUAUGAGAAAAUUUUCACGAAAACUUUGUGACUUGCUAAAAAUGUCAUUUGAGGAGUCGCAAGUUCAUGUCUUGCAGAAUUUACAGCAAUGUCUACCGAAACUUCUCGCAUUUUUCAACAAUCUACAGUCAAAGGUCAGCAGCAAGGAAUUAGAGCUAGACAGGACAAUCUUUAGUUCCUUAAAAUCCGGUUACAUCGAAAAAUGUGCAGCAAAUUUAAAAAUUGCAGCACAUGAGACUCUAACUGAAGAAGUCAUCGACCAAAUGGUUAAAAACGCAACAACGGAGCUGACAGUGAGCUUGAUUGAUGAUGAUUUGCUCAAUUCAGUCAUUAGUGUCCUUUGUGCCUGCAACAAUGAUUUGAUAUCAAAAAUCAAGUCAAAUGCCAAAUUUGGCAAUGACGCUGAUCAAGUCUUGACUAUUCCAAAUGCAGCACAGAUGCAGAACAUAAAUGCUGCAAAUUUAAUAUUCCAUCAUCAGCUGAAGAUGGAUGAGAUGCUUGUUGGACUAGAUAUGGAGAAGAGGGAUAAAAUGUCAUAUGAGAGGAUCAGAAGGAAUGUUGAGGAUGGACGGAAAGUUACAAUUUUAAUCUUGCAGCAACUGCUGUCUCAAAUUAUGUCAAAUAUCAAUAACAUCCUUCUGUCCAUGCAUCGUGAGCCAUCCUUGAAUUCUGAAAAUAUUAACAUCACAUCCGCAUCACUUUACAUGCGUGAAUUCCAGGACUUUUUGAAUCGAUCCUGGUCGUCACACAUGACACCGUUUAAUGACAAAAUUGCAGUCAUAAAAAUUGCAACUGACUUGGCCAACAAGACAAUUGAACUUUUCAUCCAGAACCUUUCGAUCCUUCGACCAAUUUCAGUUAAAGGCAGGCAAAGGAUAAAGUCAGAUUGUUUACAUCUUGAGAACUUAUUGCAGACAAUCUUGCCUGAUAUGUCCGUGCUUGGAAACAGCUAUCGCAUGCUGAGAAUGAUUUCAUCUUUUAUUGUCGAAACGCCUGAAAAACUUGUUGAAUUUGAGAACAAUUUGAUUCCAUCUUAUGUCAUUUUAUUCAUGCUUUUUGGACAUGCUGCUGAAGACUUGAAGUCACCACAUAAAGCUGCUGGAUGGACCGAUGAGAAGCUGAUUUCAUGGUUGGGAGAGCAUAAAGAACGUGAACGAUUGGAACUGAUUAGUGGUGCAUUAUUAAAGUACAGGAAUUACAUUAGAGAGAAGAAUAAGUCACAGUAUGAUCCAGUCUAUCCGUUGCUGUCUAAAAUGUUGGAGAAGUCUAUGAUUCCAUAUCAAAAGGUGGCUCGUGGAUUAUUAUAAAUAAUUUGUAAUGUUAUCUGAAAUAAAAUCAAAGUAUUGAAUAAAAUAUAUACAUUAACUAUGACAAGUAAGGAAGU